AUGUUGUUCUCUAUUUUUAUAAUCGUUGUAUUUUUAUGUGUUUUUUAUCGUUUACUAAAAUUUUGGAUAUUUAAUCCAUGGCGUAUACACAAAGAUUUCUGGGCACAAGGAAUUCCUGGACGAUACAAGCCUAUGAUUGGUGAAAUUUUUAGUAUACGUCGUUCUAUUCUUGAUGACGAUCCAAUAUCUCGUACCAUUGAAAUGACAAAAAAAUUUGGUAGUUAUUAUCAUGUAUCAUUUGGUCCAAUAGCUCGUCUAGUUAUUAGUGAUCCUUUAUUAAUUCAAGGUGUAUUGAAAACAAAUGCUCGUUGUUAUCAUAAAUCUCCUAUAAUGCGACUUGUUCUUGGUGUUGUAUUAGGAUCUGAAAAUCUUUUAAUGGCUGAAGAUAAUAUUCAUGCUCAACAUCGACGACUUAUAUCACCUGUUUUUCAACAUCAAAAUUUAAAUUCUAUGAUUUCACUUAUGAUUGAAAUAACAUCGAAUUUUCUUAAUAAAUGGUUAUUAAAUAUUACUAAUACAACUAAUAAAGAUAAUAUAUUAAUUGUUGAUAUUCAUAAAGAAAUGACAGGUUUAACAUUAGAUAUUGUUACUGGAUGUGUCUUUGGGAGUGGAUUAAUGAAAGAUGAACAUAUACGAGAAACUAUUUAUCAAGGUAUUACAAAUAUAUUUGAAGAUAUUGGAGAACGAACAUACAAUAUGAUUGGUAUUAUUCCAAUUAUUAAUCAAUUACCAUUACCAAGUAAAAGACGAAUUGAUAAAUCAAAAGAAAAUAUUAGACGUGCUGUAGAACACAUUAUUGAUGAACGAAAAAAAGGAUUUACUAAAUCUGCAUGCAAAGGACCUGAUUUACUUGAUUUACUUUUAUCUGCACAUGGAAAUGAUAAAACAAGUAAAUUUACUGACGAAGAACUUUUUGAAGAAGCUUUAACAUUUGUAAUUGCUGGUCAUGAAACAACAGCAACCUUAAUGACUUGGACAUUAUACAAUUUAGCCAAUAAUCCAGAUAUAUGUCAUAGAUUAGAAACAGAAAUUGAUUCUAUAUUGAAUGAUAAUGAAGAAAUAACAGCAUCAACACUUUCUCUUUUAAUUUAUACAGAACUUGUAUUAAAAGAAACAUUACGACAUAAUCAUCCAGUUUCAUCAUUAUUUCGUACAGCAAUUGAAGAUAAUACUUUAAUUGCUAGUGAUGGAAAACAUAUUCAUAUAAAAAAAGGAACUGAUAUUUUUAUUAAUUUAUAUAUGCUUCAUCAUUCAGAAGAAUAUUGGCAUGAACCAUUUAAAUUUGAUCCAUCAAGAUUUGAUGAACAUCAUCAUCAUUAUCAUCAUCAUCUUGAUACAUAUUUACCAUUUUCAAUUGGACCUCGUUCAUGUAUUGGACAAAAUUUUGCUAUGUUAGAAGCAAAAAUUAUGUUAGCAAUGAUUAUUAAACGAUUUCGUUUUGAACUUAUACCUGGUCAAAAACAUGUUCCGGAUAUGACUAUUACAACGAGACCAAAAUAUGGAAUGUGGAUGAAGAUUUCACCUCGCCAAUAA